AUGGCGCCGCUCCGCGCGUCUUCCAUCGUGCGAAGGGGACUCCCCGAUGCGAGGGACGAUGAGGCGCUCAUCGCGACGCCGGUCGUCGAGGUCGACGAGGCGACGCCGCGCGAGGACGACGUGGACGAGUGGUUCCCGCCGUUCGCCGCCUCCGCCCCAAAGCUCGGACUCGCGGGCCUCGGCGCGGGUCUCCUGAACACCGGCUUCGAGCUGGACGGACCCGCGAGCACCAUCGAGGCCAUCGUGGUCCUCGCCACCAUCAUCUUCGUGCACGAGUGCGGACACUUCUUCGCCGCCAGGCUCCAGAACAUCCACGUCUCCAAGUUCUCCGUCGGAUUCGGCCCCAACCUCCUGUCCUACAAGGGUCCGGAGGUGGAGUACUCGCUACGAUGGGUCCCGCUCGGGGGAUUCGUCGCCUUUCCCGACGACGACCCGGACUGCCCGUACCCCCAGGACGACCCGGACUUACUCAGGAACCGACCCAUCAAAGACAGGGCCAUCGUCAUCUCCGCGGGUGUCGCCGCCAACGUAGCAUUCGCGCUCGCCAUUUUAAACUUCCAGGUGAACACCGUCGGCUUGGUGGAGCAGGCGUACAAGCCCGGGGUUAAGGUGGCGCAGCUGCUGAGCACGUCCGCGGCGAGGGAGUACGGCGUGAAGGUUGGCGACGUCAUCACCGCGAUCGACGGCGAGGCGUUACCCGCGGCGGGAAAGUCGGUGAACGACGUCGUCGCCAAAGUUAAAGCCGCGGGUUCGAAUCCGGUGCGACUCAAGAUACAGCGUUUUGGCACGAACGGACCAGCGCCGCCCGUGGACAUAGAGGUGGUGCCCAAGACGGGGGUGAACGGCGAGGGGCGGAUCGGGGUGCAGCUCGAGGCGAACGCGGAGGUACGGAAGCGCGUCGCCGGUAACCCGGCGGAGGGGCUGUUCCUGGCGACGAAGGAGUUUGCGCGACUCACCGGUCUGGUGUGCAAGUCGCUGUUCUCGCUCGUGUCCAACUUCAGCCAGGCGAAGGACAACGUGAGCGGGCCGAUCGCGAUCGUGGGCGUGGGCGCGGAGGUCAUGCGGGGGUCCGACCUGAGCGGUCUGUACCAGUUCGCGUCCGUCAUCAACAUCAACCUCGCCGUCGUCAACAUCCUCCCGCUGCCGGCGCUGGACGGGGGUUUCCUGCUCCUCAUCGCCGUCGAGGCGCUGCGGGGCGGGAAGAAGCUGCCGGCGGAGGUGGAGCAGAGCAUCACCGCGAGCGGGGUGUUGCUGCUGCUCGGGUCGGGGAUGUUCCUCAUCCUGCGGGAUACGCUGAACCUGGUGGGGUCCCUGGGCCAGCACUGACGGUUUCCUCGCGAGUCGCUCAACUCCACCCGGGUCGAACGACGACGUUUGCGCAUAUGGUUGUAAUCGCUUUACAUGAUAAUCGCUAAAAGAAUUAAGCUA